AACGGAGGGAAUAAUUCAACAUGGACAUUCUAUUAAUUUAAAAUAAAUAUUUUGUGGGUCCAAAAUAAAUUUUGUCUUCCUUAAAGUUCACCAUCUUUUCAUUCCAGUCUAGUCCCAUAUAUGCGACGAGACACUCUCUGUUGCUCACAUAUUGACAGUAAUAUGCUCUCCACGAGGUUUUCAAUUUGAACCGAGACGCUUUGCUGCGAUCCGACGCCUGACAUAAUGAGCCGGCGCGACAGUGGCGGACUCACGGUUUGCUGUGCAGCUGCGGCGGCGGCGGCUGCUGCGGCGGAAGGAGAGGAAACCUCUGGAAAUGUGCAGGCGCCAUGGGAGAGUGAUGCGAUGAUGAAAGCGUUGAAGAUGAUAGCUCCGGACGAGCUCCGCUGCACCUAUUCGGACGGUAAAACCGGGCGGUGCUGCGGAUAUAAAAUUUCCAUGAAGGAGUUAUGCCAAAAACAUUACCUCCAGGUCAACAAGGAGGAACGGAAGACUGUGCUCUCUCCUCCGUCCAAUUUCAGUUCCGGAAGUAGCGUUUUUGUAAAGGGGAGAAGAGAGAGGCAAGCCGAGGAGUUGUCUGAUGAUGCCACAAGGAAGAAGAAACCUAGAGUAACGGGGGAUGUAGAAGGCGAGAGGGCAAAAUCUGUGAGAAAUACGAAGAAACCCCAGAGUGAUAGGGAAAAGGGCAAAAAUGAGGCCUUAAAGUGUGUCCCAAAGGAUUCCUUUUCCAAAAGAGAUGGAAAAUCACUGGAGAAGAUAAAACUACCAGGGGGAGAAGGGCGGAAGGAUGGUUGUUCAGAGGGUGGCAGGUUGAUUCUACAAGACGGUGCAGCAGGAAAGAAGAGGUCAUUGUCACAUGAGGUGAAGAAAAUGGGGCAACAAAGUGAGAAUGUUGUAUUUCCCGAUGCCCUAGGGAAGAAAGAUGAUGUGGUUCCACUAAAAUCAUCUGGAAAGAGUAUCAGAGCCGGACAUAUGUCAGACAUAAAAGAUAAAAAGUCGGAAGAGAAUAAAUCUAUCAAGGCAAAAAAGGGACACAGUGGAAAUAUAGCAGAUUAUGACACCAUAGAGAAUGAGGGUAGACAAUCAAAAUCUUCAUUGAGAAGAAACCAUAAAGCCACUGCUGUUGUUAAUGACUCACAAGGUAAAAGCAAGCUUAAACAAGGAAAAAUUGAUCUGAGGAGGAAGCACUUCGCUAAUGAUGAUCCUAGUGAUGAUUGCCAGAUGUGUCAUCAAUGCAUGAAGAGUGAUAGAAAAGUUGUUCGUUGUCGCAGUGGAUGCCGCAGGCGCUAUUGUAUUCCAUGUAUUUCAAGAUGGUACCCUAACCUCACAGAGGAAACAAUAGCGGAGAAGUGUCCAUUUUGUCGAGGAAAUUGCAAUUGCAAAGAUUGUUUACGUCGUAUUACCAAGGAUUCUGUAUAUGUAGGAAUACCACAAGAUUUUAAAGAAAAGAGAAGCCAUCUUCAGUAUCUUUUAAAUGCGCUCUAUCCGUUUCUCAAAAAGUUUUAUCUUGAUCAAAUGACUGAAACGGAGAUAGAGGCCAAGAUUCAAGGGGUAUCAUUGUCUGAGAUAAAGAUAUCACAAGAAAUCUGUCACAAUGAUGAGCGUGUGUACUGUGACAAUUGCAAUACCUCCAUUGUUGAUCUCCAUAGAACCUGCCCUUCUUGUUCAUAUGAUCUCUGCCUGACCUGUUGCCAUGAAAUUCGAGACGGUUGCUUGCAAAAAGGUCAUAGAAAUGUCACGCUUCAAUCUCUUGAUGGAGGGAAAUCAUAUUUGUAUGAAGAUGUUUCUCACUCACUGGCAAGCAAUGACUCAGCUAGUGAGGACCAGGUUAGCAAGAUGCCAGAGUGGAACGCGGGGGAAAAUGGUGAAAUCCCUUGCCCACCAAAAGAAAGGGGAGGCUGUGGAUAUCUCAGACUGGAGCUUAAGGAUUUUUUACCUGAAAGUUGGGUUUCUGAGACAAUGAAGAGAGUAGAAAGCUUACUUGAAAUUAAUGGCUGUUCCAAUGAGCAUCAAAUUCCUAAGGAGCAGUGUCCUUGUUUCAGAGAUGAAACUGCUAAUGGUGCAAAAAAUGUUAGGAAAGCUGCCUCCAGAGAAGAUUCUAAUGACAACUGUUUGUAUUGCCCAUCAGCAAAUGACGUUCAGAAUGGUGACCUUGAGCACUUUCAGAGACAUUGGAUCAUGGGAGAGCCUGUGAUAGUUAGAAAUGCUCUUGGAUUCACAUCCGGUCUAAGUUGGGAACCUAUGGUCAUGUGGCGUGCUUUUCGCAAUAUAAGUAUCAAGGAAGGUGCAUCAGAUUUGGCAGUGAUAGCGAUCGAUUGCCUUGAUUGGUGUGAGGUACAAAUUAAUAAUCAUACCUUUUUUAUGGGGUAUAAUGAAGGUCGGAUGCAUACAAAUGGAUGGCCUGAAGUUCUGAAGCUAAAGGACUGGCCCUCAUCUACUUUAUUUGAAGAGCGGUUGCCACGUCAUUGUGCAGAAUUCAUUAGAGCCUUGCCAUACAAGGAGUACACACAUCCUUAUUCUGGUAUUCUUAAUACUGCAACAAAACUACCAAAAGAUGCGUUGAAGCCAGACUUGGGACCUAAAACUUAUAUAGCAUAUGGGUUUGUGGAAGAACUUGGGCGAGGAGAUUCCGUGACCAAGCUUCAUUGUGACAUGUCUGAUGCGGUAAAUGUUUUGAUGCAUACUGCCGAAGUGCGCAUACAGGAUUCUCAGGUUCCUAAAAUUAAAAAGUUGAAGAAAAAGCAUGAUGCUGAAGACCUAAAAGAGUUGUUUUCUGUUGGUAGAGAUGAAGGGGCUGAGAGCCCAGAUCUGGUGCCUAUAGAUAACUUCAAGUCUGCAUCAUCCAACAAUGGGCCAACAAAUGAUGUGGAUGCAACAGAUGGAGGUGCAGUCUGGGACAUUUUCAGGCGACAAGAUGUUAACAAGCUUGAGAAAUAUCUUAGAAGGCACCAUAAGGAAUUUAGGCAUCUACGUUCAAAACCAGUGGAGCAGGUUUUUCACCCAAUCCAUGAUCAAGUUUUCUACUUGAACACAUACCAUAAGAGGAAGCUCAAAGAGGAGUUUGGUGUUGAACCUUGGAUGUUCAUCCAGAAACUUGGAGAAGCAGUUUUCAUUCCUGCUGGGUGUCCUCAUCAAGUUAGAAAUAUUAAAUCUUGUAUAAAGGUUGCUCUUGAUUUUGUUUCACCCGAAAAUGUGGGUGAAUGUAUUCGAAUGACCGAGGAGUUUCGCGUUCUUCCCCAAAAUCACAGAGCUAAGGAAGACAAAUUAGAGGUAAUGAAGACGACUUUACAUGCAAUCCGAUGUGCUUUGGAUGAACUGGAGAAACUAGAAGCAAAAUAAUAUAAAAAGUAAUGUUGAUGCUGGAAAUUAAUCAGAGGUUUAUAGAUAAUGGUAUGGGCAUUUUGUUGUUUUUGCUAGCUUUACCUGCCCCUUUUUGUUGAGUAAAUCGGGUAAAUAUAU